CGUUAGCUGUAAGUCUUAAACCCUUUUAUUGAUUCACUGUAUCUCUUUCUCGUUUCAUUUUUCUCUCCGCCACCAUCAAGAAAAACCCUAGUCCUUGACAUCUCCCUCCAUCGGCAACAAUGGAGGAAGUCUGCGAAGGAAAAGACUUCUCAUUUCCAAACCAAGAAGAAAAAAUCUUAUCUUUCUGGUCAGAAAUCAAAGCAUUCGAAACUCAAUUAUCCCGAACCGAAUCUCUACCCGAAUACAUCUUCUAUGACGGUCCACCCUUCGCCACCGGACUUCCACACUAUGGCCACAUCUUAGCCGGAACGAUCAAGGACAUUGUGACCCGAUAUCAGACCAUGAGAGGCCACCAUGUGACCCGGCGGUUCGGUUGGGACUGCCAUGGAUUGCCAGUGGAAAAUGAGAUUGAUAGGAAACUAGGGAUUCAGAGAAGAGAUGAGGUUUUGAAAAUGGGAAUUGAUAAGUAUAAUGAGGAGUGUAGGAGUAUUGUUACUAGGUAUGUUGGUGAAUGGGAGAAAGUUAUUACUAGAACUGGGAGGUGGAUUGAUUUUAAGAAUGACUAUAAAACUAUGGAUUUGAAGUUUAUGGAAAGUGUUUGGUGGGUUUUCUAUCAGCUUUUCGAUAAAGGUCUUGUUUAUAAGGGGUUUAAGGUUAUGCCAUACAGUACUGGUUGCAAAACUGUCCUGUCUAAUUUUGAAGCUGGUCAGAAUUAUAAGGAUGUUCCAGACCCUGAGAUAAUGGUGGCAUUUCCAAUUGUUGAUGACCCACAUAAUGCAGCCUUUGUUGCCUGGACAACAACCCCAUGGACCUUGCCUAGUAAUCUUGCCCUUUGUGUUAAUGGGAAUUUUGACUAUGUCAAGGUUCGUAACAAGUACACUGGAAAAGUGUAUGUGGUUGCUGAAUCUAGGUUGUCAGCUCUUCCUACCGAGAAGCCAAAAUCAAGUGCAGUAAAUGGACCUGCUGGUGGAAAAACUAAGGGUGGGAAAACUGAAAACUUGAUGGAUUCAUUUGAGUUGUUAGAGAAAGUAAAGGGCAAUGAACUGGUGAAAAAGAAGUAUGUGCCAUUAUUUAAUUUCUUCUCAGAUUUCUCCAACACGGCCUUUAGAGUUGUUGCGGACAAUUAUGUGACUGAUGAUAGUGGUACUGGAAUUGUUCAUUGUGCUCCGGCAUUUGGUGAAGAUGAUUACCGUGUUUGCAUUGAAAAUCAAAUAAUCAACAAGGGAGAGAAUUUGAUUGUAGCUGUCGAUGAUGAUGGAUGCUUUGCUGAAAGAAUUACUGAAUUUAGCGGGCGUUAUGUCAAGGAUGCAGAUAAAGAUAUCAUUGAAGCAGUGAAGGCAAAAGGCAGGCUUGUUAAGUCUGGUACCUUCACGCACUCUUAUCCCUUCUGUUGGAGAUCAGAUACUCCUCUUAUUUAUAGAGCUGUUCCAAGCUGGUUUGUUAGAGUAGAGGAACUUAAAGUGCAGUUGCUAGAAAACAACAAACAGACAUAUUGGGUUCCUGAUUAUGUGAAGGAAAAGCGAUUUCACAAUUGGCUGGAAAAUGCAAGAGAUUGGGCUGUUAGUAGAAGUCGAUUUUGGGGAACUCCUCUUCCUGUGUGGAUCAGUCAGGAUGGUGAAGAAGUAAUUGUCAUGGACUCUGUUGCUAAACUUGAAAAGCUUUCUGGUAUUAAGGUGUUUGAUCUGCAUCGGCAUCAUAUCGAUCAUAUAACUAUCCCAUCAAGUCGUGGUCCUGAAUUUGGUGUGCUUCGACGAGUAGAUGAUGUAUUUGAUUGCUGGUUUGAGAGUGGGUCAAUGCCUUAUGCUUAUAUCCAUUAUCCAUUUGAGAACAUUGAGCUUUUUGAGAAAAGUUUUCCUGGGCAAUUUAUUGCUGAAGGGCUAGAUCAAACUCGUGGAUGGUUCUAUACACUUAUGGUGUUGUCUACUGCAUUAUUUGGCAAGCCUGCAUUUAAGAAUCUUGUUUGCAAUGGACUGGUCCUAGCAGAGGAUGGAAAAAAGAUGAGCAAAAAACUAAAAAACUAUCCAUCACCAAUGGAAGUUAUAGAUGACUUUGGAGCUGACGCAUUACGAUUAUAUCUUAUUAACUCUCCAGUUGUGCGUGCUGAAACCUUGCGUUUCAAAAAGGAAGGAGUUUACAGUGUCGUCAAAGAUGUAUUCCUUCCAUGGUAUAAUGCAUAUAGGUUUUUGGUACAAAAUGCUAAGAGGCUUGAGGUUGAAGGGCUUGCGCCAUUCACACCCCUUGAUUUUGGAAAACUUCAAAACUCAUCUAAUGUGUUAGAUCGGUGGAUCAACUCAGCCACUCAAAGUCUUGUUCAUUUUGUGCGCCAGGAAAUGGAUGGUUACCGACUUUACACGGUGGUUCCAUAUCUCUUGAAGUUUCUUGACAACCUUACAAACAUAUAUGUGCGAUUCAACCGCAAGAGAUUAAAAGGCCGUAUUGGGGAAGAAGAUUGCCGGACUGCUCUGUCGACUCUUUACAGUGUGCUUCUAACAUCUUGCAAGGUGAUGUCGCCAUUCACGCCAUUCUUCACAGAAGUUCUAUAUCAAAAUAUGCGGAAAGUUUCUAGUGGAGCAGAGGAAAGCAUUCACUACUGCAGUUUUCCUCAAGAAGAGGGAGAGAGGGAUGAACGAAUUGAACAAAGUGUUUCAAGGAUGAUGACCAUUAUUGAUCUUGCACGUAAUAUCCGUGAGAGGCACUAUAAGCCCUUGAAAUCUCCAUUGAGAGAGAUGAUAGUAGUUCAUCAUGAUGCAGACUUUCUUGAUGAUAUAGCUGGAAAACUAAAAGAGUAUGUAUUGGAGGAACUCAAUGUGAGAUCUCUCAUUCCAUGUGUUGAUACUCUGAAGUAUGCUUCUCUACGUGCUGAACCUGAGUUCAGUUUGCUAGGUAAGCGACUUGGAAAAGCAAUGGGAGUUGUUGCAAAAGAAAUUAAAGCUAUGUCUCAGAAAGAUAUCUUAGCAUUUGAGGAAGCUGGAGAAGUUACUAUUGCUUCACACAAUCUAAAGCUGGCUGACAUCAAGGUUGUUCGGGAAUUCAAACGUCCUGAUGGUCUGACAGAGAAGGAGAUAGAUGCUGCUGGAGAUGGCGAUGUUUUGGUGAUUAUGGAUCUGCGUCCGGAUGAAUCAUUGUACGAGGCUGGUGUCGCUCGUGAGGUUGUUAAUAGGAUUCAGAAGCUGCGGAAAAAAGUUGCCCUUGAACCUACUGAUGUGGUGGAUGUUUACUUUGAAUCUUUGGAUGACGAUAAAUCAAAAUUAGGAAGAGUUCUCAAUUCACAGGAGCAAUAUAUUAAGGAUGCAAUUGGAUCUCCAUUGCUAUCGUCUACCAUGAUGCCUCCAGAAGCGGUUGUAAUUGGCGAGGAGAGUUAUCAUCAUAUUUAUGAGUUGUCUUUCACCAUUUAUUUGGCAAGAGCUGCUCUGGUGUUUAAAUCGGAUGCUAUUCUUACAUUAUAUGCAGGAAACACAAAAUUUGCAAAAGGUCUGGAAACCUACUUGCUGUCUAGGGAUCAUUCAAAUUUGAGGUCAGAAUUUCAGCAAAGAAAUGGCAAGAUAACAGUUGAUUGCAUUGAAAAUCAGCCAGCUGCUGAUGUGGUAUUGGGCGAACAUUUAUUUUUGACUGUUGGCGACUACUUUUUGAGAACAAGAAGUGGGUAAUUUGACUCCUAGAACUGAUUCUGGAUUUAUUUUUGGUUGAUUUUGUUGUUCAUCCUGUCAAAGAGAUAGGUGCAGAAAAGCUGUAAUCAUGAAUGUAUUUUUUUUAACUUAUUUCUUGUACAGAUAUAGGUAAUUAUAUAUACUUCAUGAUUAAUUUAAUAACAUGUAUUGUGGAGAACCAAUUCCA